GCCCAGACCCAGCAGUCUGAAGCCCAGCUGGGCUGAAGGGUCGUGUCUGUUGUGAUUUACGUCUCACUGGACAAAGAUGGGCGAUAAAUACCGCUACCCGGUUUAUUUUGAAUGUGGCAGACUGUCCCAGGAGCAGAAGAGGAGAAUUUCAAAGUAUUUCCAGAUCAAACGUAAAUCAGGUGGAGGAGAGUGUUCACCUGUGGAGGAAAUGUCAGAAAACAUCUACAGGAUUGCUUUCAGACGUCAAGAAGAUCAACAGUCGGUGCUGGAGCGGACGCAGCACGUCCUACACCUUGGAGAAGAGAGUCUGACAUUGACUGUCAAGAAGGAAAGUCUGGACCCUCAAACCUCUGAACACACCUCCUCCUCCCCCUCCUUCUCCACCCGUCCAGCCCAGACCCCACAGGUGAUUCCUCCAUCACCUCCACCCCCAAGUGGUGAAGACUAUGAAUUACAUCCUGAUGGUUCCCUGAGGGAAAGUCUGCAGGCUUCUGCCUGCUCUGCUCCAUUUGACCCAGCAGAACAGGUUUCAGUCAAGAGUCCAGCUGUGGAGGAAGUUGACUCUUUACUUGAAUCCUUCAGCUCUCGUCAGGCCAGAGAUGAGUUUUCCCAGGUGAACUCCACGGUAGAAGAGGUAGAGGACAGGUCUUCUUUGAGGGACAGUUUGGCCUCUGGAAACAGAACCUUGACCACAAACAGCCCAUCAAGUGGUGCAGAGAUCCAGAUGGAAGCUGCUGCACAGAUCCCAGCAGGACGAACCACCCGAGGAGGCGGAGUCCACGUAGAGAUCAUUCAGGGAACCAUAGAAACCCAACAGGCUGAUGCUCUGGUAUCACCAAUGAUUGGCUACGAUCCUCAAACAACAACGUUUGGAAACACUUUACACCAGCGGGUUGGGCCACAGCUGACGGCAGCAUUUGAAGCAGCAGCAGGCUCUGAAGUGAUGGUGGGCGUCCCCGUGCUGGUGGAGAAUUUACCUGGACUCCCUUCACAUGCAGUGUUCUUCCUCAGUCUUUGUCCCUGGAACGGAGAUCCAGAUGGGGCUGCAGUUGAAGUUCUUAAAAUGGGCAUCAAUUCAAUCCUGACGACAUGUGACAGCAGAGGGUUUGGAUCCGUGGCAUUUCCUGUACUCGGAGCUGGACUGAUGUUGUCUUUUCCCAUCGCUGUCGUAGCCAAAGUUUUACUGGAAGGAAUUUAUACAUUCCAACAACAAAGAACCAGCAGCAGACCCCUGACGGUCCGCAUUGUCAUCCACCCAGACGACCACGUGUCCAGUGAGGUCUUCAAGUCUGCUCAAAAGGAGAUUUGUCGAAACCAGGUUCAAGAGUCAAAGCGGAUCGUCCUGCUGGGAAAAACUGGCUGUGGGAAAAGCAGCCUCGCUAACAUCAUACUUGGAGAGGACUUGUUCACUGCACAUCAUUCUUCUGUUUCUGGAACUGCCACAUGUCAAUCUGAAACCAGAGAUGUCAGUGACAGAAAGAUCACUUUGGUCGACACGCCUGGUUUGUUUGACACAGAAAGGUCAGAGGAGGAUUUGAAGCCUGAGAUCAUGAAGUGCAUCACAGAGUGUGCUCCUGGAAUUCACGCUUUUCUCAUCGUGCUGAAAGUUGAGAGAUUCUCAGAGCAGGAGCAAGAAGUCAUCAGCAGAAUAUGUGAGUAUUUCUCUGAAGACAUUCUGAAUCACGCCGUGGUCGUCUUCACUCUCGGCAACGAGCUAGAUGAAGGGAUGAAAAUCAAGGAGUUCAUCAGAGAGAAUCAAAAGCUGAGAGACCUGGUGAACAGGUGCAGCGGCCGGUGCCACGUCUUCGACAACAAACACUGGAACAACAACACGCUGCAGAACGACUACAGGAGCAACCGCUUCCAGAGGGAAGAGUUACUGAAGACCAUCGACAAGCUAACGGUAGAAAGAAACGGCCAAUGCUACUCCAACGACAUGCUGCAAGCUGUGGAGAGAGAAACCCAGAGAGAGGAGGAGCAAAUCAGGCAGUCAUCUCCAGAAGACCUAUCACCAGAGGAGAUCAGAAACCAGGCCAGACGCCAAGUGACAAACAGAUUUCUGACCGAACUGGCCGGGGUCGCAACGGGGGCUUUGUUGGGAGCUUUGUUUGGCAUAGAGGCUCUGCGGCGUCGGAGGCGGGAGGGGAAGCAGCGCUAG